AUUAGAUAAAAAAAAAUGACACAAAAAAAGGAAGAAAAGAAAAGACAAUUGACCGUUAUUCCAGUUAAUACUAAUAAACAAAAGUACCAUCCAAUUUUCUUACUACUAAUAACUAAUAUAAACUUACAUUUGUUUGUUGUAAUAAUGCCUUCGAAGAAACGCGGCUGUUUUUUUAUAUAUUUUUGUAAUAAGAAAAAAAAUACCCCAAAUUUGGCUUUAGCAAUCCAAAAGAAUAAGGCUUUAGGAGGUUUGUUGUUUGAGGUUGCCCCUCCUCCUUCUUCUAUCUAUAUACCCCAACUUGUUGUUUGUUCUUCUUCUUCUUUGUGCGUAAACCCUAACAAAUUCUCUUCAAUUUGUGUGUGAUUCCCAUUUUUUGGUUUAUAGUGUAACAUUGCCAAUUCAAGCAAAAAAAGGGGGAAUUUUUUUUAACGAGCUGCCCACUUGAUAAUAAAAACUGUUUCGGUUUGGUGGGUUUUUGUUUACUUUUCUUGAUGAAACACACCUCCCCUUCCUCCUCCUCCUGAGAUAUCCUAAUUCUAAACACCAAAGCUGUCAGCAUAGAUUCCUAAAUUCACAUUAGCGUUUUGGCCCUUUUCUUCGUUUGCUUGAGUUAGCACAAAACAAAACAAUUCCGUGCAAGCAAAACAAGUGAGAAUUUUGUGGAGUGAAGGGAAAGGAUGGUGGAGGCAGGGGAUAAUAAUUAUAAUAAGGAUAAAGAAGAAGAAGGUGGGAUUGGAGAGAAUCAUUCUUCUGAGCAGAGGAUCGUGAUGAUGGUAGAUAAGAGGUAUGGAGAUGGGGUUGCAUGGAAUAGGGGUGCAAUGCUUGGUAAAGGAAGUUUUGGGUCUGUUUAUUUGGCGACUUUGAAGAAGCCCAGAUCAAUGUUUGGGUGGCUGCCAUCAGUUAUGGCUGUGAAAUCAGCUGAGGUUUCUGUUUCUGGCUCAAUUCAGAAGGAAAUGGAAGUCCUGAGCAAUGUUAAGGGCUGCCCUAAUAUAAUUCAAUGCUAUGGCGAGGAGACAACUACGGGGGAUAAUGGCGUGAUGGUGUACAAUUUGUUGCUGGAGUAUGGCUCUGGUGGAACCCUAGCUGAAAAGAUCAAGAAAGCAGGGGAUAAGGGAUUGCCUGAAUUUGAGGUAAAGUCUUAUGCUAAAUCCAUUCUUAAAGGGCUUAAUUUUAUUCACAAUCUAGGUUAUGUUCAUUGUGAUUUGAAGCCCGACAAUGUUUUGCUUGUGCCUAAGAACGUUGGUGAUGGUUGUGCUGCUGAGUUUAGGGCAAAGUUAGGUGAUUUUGGUUUAGCUAAGAGGGUUUCAAAACAGUGCAGUAAGAAGAGGAAAUUGGAGGAGCCGUAUUGGAGGGGAACCCCAAUGUACCUAUCUCCUGAGGUUGUUGGGGAUGGUGUUCAAGAACUUCCUAGUGAUAUAUGGGCUUUCGGAUGCAUUGUUUUAGAAAUGUUGACUGGUAAGCCUCCUUGGGGAUCAAAAGAGGAGAUGAAUUCAGAGGAAAUAAUGGACAAGAUAGGGAAGGAAUUGCCUCAAAUUCCGAAUUGGAUAUCUAAGGAGGCGAAAUCGUUUCUAAAAGGUUGUUUUGUGAAGAAGGCUAUGUUUAGACUGACAGCUGAGAUGUUACUGAAUCAUUCAUUUUUAGAAGGGCUGAAUGAGGUAGAUGAUGCUUUUGCGGAAACAGAGGUAAUUGAGGAUAUCAUUGAUAUAGAGUCUAUAUUGGUGGUGUCCGAAACUGAUGAUGAGAUCAGUUGUGAAUCUCUUUCUGAUGAUGACAGCUUUGCAUCAGAAGAUUGUUCAUUUUCUUAUUGGUCUGAAGAAGAUGGAGAGGAUAUCGAGGAUGAGGUUGUAUCUCACUAUCGGCAUGUGAAGAAACUGAAAGUGGAAGUGACUGAUGGCAAAACGAACGCCAAUGUAGAUGGUUUUGAUCAUAUGCGAGCACCCCUUCAAGUGUUAUCGCCAAUUCCUCCUAAGACAGCGCAACAUUAUCCAGUUAGUUUUAGAGUUCCUGCAGGAGUUUAGAGACUUAUUGACUAGAAUACGGGAUCAAUUUUGCUAGCUUAGUCACCUCCCUUGAUUCUUUGUAGGACAUACCUCAUGUAUGUAUGACCACAGAGUAGAUUAAUUAUAUGGUGCAUUUAUAGUUGUUCAAUUUACAGUCUGUUUAAAGUGUGGCAAAUUGCCAUUCAUUCUCUCUGUACUUAUGCUAAGCAAUACAAGAACCCUUUUGAUUGAAGUGCUUGGAUUUGAUUACGCAAUCAGAUGUUUCCUUUAAUGCUUUAGCAUUUAUAUUUUAGGAAAGUCUGCUAUGGUGUUUAUCAGCUAAUCUUUCUAUCUUCAUGCAGGCAAUUUGAAAUCUACUUCUAGUCCUUAACAGGAAUUUGCAGAUGUCAUUUCGAUGCCCUUUUGAAUGAGAACUUCUCUAAUAAAGACUGAGGAUCCUAUAAAUUGAUCAAGCGCCUGUUUUUGACAAACGGUUGGAGUUUCCAGGAAGCUUAAUUGACCUCUGUUCAAAUGGCAGUUCUCACAUCUGAAUAAUAUGACAUGCAGAUUGUUUGGUUUCUUGCAUAAAGCAUUACUUAUAACUGAAUUUGUGAUUUUAGCCUGAAUUCAUUCUUCUCAUAUCAGUUACUAAUCGAAAACAUAACCAUUCUCCUUUCAAUGGUGAUGCAGAGACUAAUACGACAACACAGUCAAUCUAGAGAUGAUCAUUCCAGGCAGAAACAAGAGGGCAUAUCUCUUUUUGAUCUUCCUUAAGUCUUUGCAAACUCUGGAGCCAAACAUGGAAAAGAAAGAGCAUGGAACAGAGAAUCUGCUUCUUUUUGACUUGACCAUUGACGUGGUAGAAUCUAUUGUCUGCUCCAGAAUGCUCAAGCAAAGAGCAAAAGCAAGCAUAAGAACAUGGAAUCUGCUUCCUGUUGACUUGGUCAGAGGCCUUUCUAGCAAUCCUAAAAGCUCCCUUUCAUCCAGCAUCUUUCAUUUGAAUGUAAAUAACGAAGUACUUACUGGAAUUCAAUCAGACCAGUAACUAUCUGCACUAUCUGCCACCAUUCUCAAACAUGCAAAUUCGAAAUGAAGCUCAACAGGUGUAUAUAUUGGAGAACCUGAUGAUCAUCUUUUUGUAAACUCGCCUCUAAAGUAAACUAUUCUGUUGAAAUGCAUUCCUCGUUUUACUCCAACCUUACACAGUUCGAAGCUCUUGAGCUAGGAGAUACUAGACUUUUCAGCAUCAUACCAUUUUGAGUUAUCUUACUUCCAGAAGCUUCAUUAUCUGAUCAUGUCACGGUAACUUUUUGCGUUCCACACAUAAGAGCUGUCGGCAGAUGACAGUGUUCAGGGAAACCUCCAAAGCAGUAAGCUAGACUGGCAGUAAUCUGUUGUCUGCAGCAUUUAUCACUCAAGAAACCACCUUUCAGGUAUUGAUGUAGGCAAGAUGUUACAAAUCAUUAGUGUUUGAAUACGAUGACUUAAAACCUUAAAAAGAUUUCUGAAUGACAUCAGUCAUUGAGCUUCCAAAGAUCAUUUGAUGGUACUAAGAGACAAAUUUGAUGAAUACAGAUUCAGCCAUGACUGUGUUCCUUAAUUCAACAAAACUUUCUGCAGCCACACUCUAUUUGAUUCCAAAUUGUGCUAACCGAUCUCAAGUUAUUAGGAAGGAAUCUGCAGAAAGAAGAGACAUUAGUCUGUUGGUUUUUCUAAUUCUAAACUGUACUAGCCAUCACAUAUUAGUUGAACUAUCACGUUGAGAAAUU